AUGAAGCAUAUAUACGUCUCCUUCUACUUUGGCGCUUCCCUUGUAGUCACCGUUUUAACAAGGGCACUAUGCCAGGUACAGGUUGGUGGAGGCAGUGUGCCCGAAACGUCCCAAGCCCUAAACGAACAAGCGAGGAAUAACUGGGCUGAUGGAAUCAUGAAAAUGUCGUUUAAACAAGAAGACACAGAAUAUGAGGCAGGCAAGCAGGUUAUGAGGGUCUGUGGAGAAGGGCACCGCGGUCUGCUUGCAAUGAUUCUUGACAGUAGUGAUGCGGACGCAAAGAUCUUGACCGUCGGGCAAUUAUCCCACGACAAGCUUCUCAUCUACAGUGGAAAUGUGGUAGAAAAGGAGUAUGACGUGCAGGACAUCGUGGUUCCGGUGGAAACAGUCGACGACAAAUGCUUUGCCAUACGUGAAAAGAGGGCGCUCGCGACUGUGUACUGUGCUCGAGAUAUGCGCCGUCGUGACCAGUGGCUCAACUAUCUUCAUGAGUCAAUCUUCUGCAAGGAGACGGGAGUCAAGGGGAAACUGCCAGCGGAGCCUGGGAAGGAAGUGGAGGAAGUGGCUGUUGCCGAGGAGAUCGUUCCCACUGAGGAACCAUCUGGAAUAAACCUUCAUCUUGUGCUACCUCAGCCUCCUCAUCCGAGUAUCUCGGACUUUCCUAAUCCACUGGCGGACAACGAUCCCGAAAGUCCAAAUACGCUUAACUCUGAAGGAGAGCCGAAAACAGCACAAGAGCUUGCAGCAACUCACGAAGCGAUGGCUGAACAGAAGGAAAUCCCACUUACAGAUGAAAGGGUUCCCAAGGCUGGCUACGCGGUCCAUCGAAUGGGCAGGGAGUAG